GGUGAGUAACUAUCGUUUCCACAUUGGUGACAUUUUAGAGCCUGGAGGAUGCAGAGGAAGCCUGGCUGUGCUGGUUGUGGGUCAUUAAGCGCAUCACCUUCAGGUGUGCCAGCUUCUCCCCCAGCUGGACCGGGAACUUAUCAGCUCACGGGCGGAGGCAGGGAUCAGUUCCAGUGUUUGGCGUGAGUGAGGUGCUUGAAGUGAACGUUGAGCUGCAGCUUCAUGUUCAAGUUUAAACACCUGCAGAUGCUUAUUAUGUGAAGGGCUCAAGAGUGGAGGUCCAGUGUGUCUGGUUGGGUUGUCUGCUUAUCCGUUUGUCCAUGUGUUCCUCUUGAGAGUAGGAUCUGCCUACAUGUGUUUUAUUCUCUGAAUAGUUUUUUUUAGCAGUGCGGGAUCUGAGGUUGAAGUGGUCGGUUAGACUGUGUAGCUAUGAAAGAGGAAAUCGCAGCCGCGGUGUUCUUUAUGGCUCGGCUGGUGAAGAGAUACGGCUGCCUGGAUAAUGACAGCAGGGAGCGCUUUGCUGCCGCCCUGACCUCUGUCCUGUUUGAGAAGUAUAAGAACCACUGGCAUCCAAGUGCACCCACUAAAGGACAGGCCUACAGAUGUCUACGGAUGAACGGCGUUCAGCUCCAGGACCCGGUGCUGCAGCACGCCUGUGAGCGCAGCGCCGUGCGCUACGGAGAUCUGGGCUUUCCACAGGAGCUGACGGUGUGGGUGGACCCUGGAGAAAUAUCCUGCAGAAGGUAUGGUGAGCAAAGCGCUCCAAUCUGCGUCUCUGCGGUGGACAGCUACCGGCGAGGAGACCGGGACUUUUCCCGCCGCAUCCACGACGCGGUGGAGCGGGCCACGCUGGACGUCCAGCCGGGGAGCUCCUCUGAUGAGGAGGACGCAGACAGGAGCGUGAGCAGCUCCAGCAGCAGCGGCCUGUCCGUCCAGUGCUCAGCCUCACUCCCUCCCUCCAGCGUGGAGCCUAAAACCAUCCCCACCGUCAGCAACCCCAACAGCGUUUACCGGUUCAGCGAGUUUUCUCCAGGAGCCCCUCAGACCUGGCUGAGGGAGAAGAGGAAGGGCUACGCUGGGGAUACUUUCCAGCUCCAUGCUUCUAAUGGAGGUCCCCCUUCCCACUUCUCCAACCAAAAUGGGUUCAAAUCCUACCGAGCCACAUUCACCUUCACUGGGCCUCGUGUCGACAAGUACCACUGGGUCAGCAAAUCCCGAUCUUAAAAUAGGACGUCUUGAAUCAGAAUGUUAGCUGCUACGAAUGGAGACGUGAGGCAAAAAUAGACUGCAGUUUGAGGAAAGAGUGCAUAUCUAAACGAUAAGUUUCUAUGCUCGGUGACAAUGGUUUGAAGCUAUGCUGUUUAAGCAUGUUUUAAAUGUACACGUAUGUUUUAUCGUUUUUUUUUUUCUAAUUGUUUUUUAACUAACUAAAAUAAAACCAAGUGUGAAUAAAGUAAGGAUGAAUUGCCAUUGAGAAGAAAUAAACAUAUCCAUAUUGGUGACACUGGUUCAGUCGUUAAGUGUUCUUUUUAACAUGGUGUAAAACAUUUGGGGUAUUUUUAUUUUGAUAUCCAUGCAGUUCAUUGCAAAUCAUGGUGCAU